UUGUAUCGACUGCGUCGUCCGUUGGACUUCCCUUCUUCUUCCCCUUCUGACUCGCGGCGCUUAGCUAUCGCAGUCAUGGCAACCAUGUCAUCGAUUCAAUACGCGCCAGUUCGAACCCUAAAACUCUGUUCUUCUUCACAGUCAAGUCGUAAUUUAGGGUUGUUUCGGCAAACAAUUGAUUCGCCUCCGAAAGGUUCGGGUUUAAGAGUCUCAAAAUCUACAAACCAUGUGCAUAAGAAACUGGGGGUCUCUGCGAGUAGCACGGUUGACCAAAAGAUCUCUGAAAAUGGCGUAUUCCCUGUUCCUGCAAAUUCUCGAUCAAAGGUGAGACGGCACACCAUUUCAGUGUUUGUUGGCGAUGAAAGUGGAAUGAUAAACAGGAUUGCUGGAGUCUUUGCUAGGAGGGGAUACAACAUUGAGACCCUUGCUGUUGGUUUGAACAAGGACAAAGCACUUUUCACAAUAGUUGUUUCUGGAACUGAAAAGGUCCUACAACAAGUUAUGGAGCAGCUUCAGAAGCUUGUGAAUGUUUUGCAGGUUGAAGAUCUCUCAAACGAGCCACAGGUUGAGCGUGAGCUAAUGCUUAUAAAAGUCAAUGCUGAUCCGGAAGACAGAGCUGAGAUCAUGUGGUUAGUGGACAUCUUCAGAGCAAAAAUUGUGGAUAUAUCAGAACAUUCAUUGACAAUUGAGGUGACUGGAGAUCCAGGCAAGAUGGCUGCGGUGCAAAGAAAUCUAAGCAAGUUUGGAAUCAAAGAAAUUGCUAGAACUGGAAAGAUUGCCUUGAGAAGGGAAAAGAUGGGUGCAUCUGCUCCAUUUUGGCGGUUUUCUGCAGAUACAUAUCCAGAUCUUGGAGAAAAAAGGCAGGAGGUUGCUUCUGCAGUGGCUACAAGAGGAGCAGUCAUCAGUGAAACUGAUAUGUCUGUGGGGGGAGAUGUUUAUCCAGUGGAGUUGUCUAGUGAUCUCACAUUCAAUCAAGUUCUUGAUGCUCACUGGGGAGUUCUAGAUGAUGAAGAUACAAGUGGACUUCGAUCCCAUACUUUGUCCAUGCUUGUAAAUGAUGCUCCUGGAGUUCUUAACAUUGUUACUGGUGUUCUUUCUCGAAGGGGUUAUAACAUUCAGAGUUUGGCUGUUGGACAUGCAGAAGCUGAGGGGAUUUCUCGCAUUACAACUGUGGUGCCUGCUACAGAUGAAUCAAUCAGCAAAUUGGUGCAGCAACUUUAUAAGCUGAUAGAUCUUCAUGAGGUCCGAGAUCUUACACACGUGCCAUUUGCUGAACGAGAGUUGAUGCUUGUAAAAAUUGCUGUAAAUGCUACUGCUCGACGGGAUGUCCUUGACAUUGCCAGCAUUUUUAGGGCAAAAGCUGUGGAUGUAUCUGACCACACAAUCACUCUUGAGCUCACAGGAGAUUUGAGCAAGAUGGUUGCACUACAAAGAUUGUUGGAACCCUACGGAAUUUGUGAGGUUGCACGAACUGGGAGAGUUGCAUUAGCACGUGAGUCGGGUGUGGAUUCCAAAUACCUUCGUGGAUAUUCGUUUCCUUUAUAAAAAUGAGGUCUCAUAGAAUUAUUGGUGUUGGAUAUCUUUGCUGGAGUUAUGGGGAAGGAUAAACUUAUUUCAAUUUCGCCAAAAAAUUUAACCUUUGCCUUAUUUUAGUUCCUGAAUGGGGAGCUUUUCCAGUUAUUGGUUUGGCUAUAUCAUAGGAAAAUAAUAAUAAUGAUAAUAAUUGUUUCUGUUUGAAGACACAGGAUUUUCAUGAUUGAUAUUUUAGCAUGUUUAUUGUGGAGAA